AUGGCGUCGGACGGGAUGAUUUUAACGAACCAUGACCACCAAAUCCGGGUCGGAGUUCUGACAGUGAGUGACAGCUGCUACCGAAACCUGGCAGAGGAUCGCAGCGGCGUCAACCUCAAAGAUCUCGUCCAUGAUCCGUCCCUGUUGGGUGGUAUGAUUGUGGCAUACAAGAUAGUGCCAGAUGAAAUAGAUGAAAUAAAGGAAACUUUGGUGGACUGGUGUGAUGAAAAGGAGCUUAACCUCAUUUUAACCACCGGAGGUACCGGCUUUGCUCCGAGAGACGUCACACCAGAGGCCACUAAGGAGGUGAUCGAGCGUGAGGCUCCGGGGAUGUCGCUGGCGAUGUUGAUGGGAUCUCUCAACGUCACACCACUAGGCAUGCUCUCCAGACCUGUAUGCGGAAUACGAGGGAAGACACUAAUCAUUAACCUACCAGGAAGCAAGAAAGGCUCCCAGGAAUGCUUCCAGUUCAUCCUACCGGCGCUGCCGCACGCCAUCGACCUUCUGCGUGACGCCGUGGUGAAGGUUAAGGAGGCGGCGGACGAGCUGGAGGACCUGCCAUCGCCGCCGCCGCCUCUCUCGCCGCCGCCCAACAGUUCGCCACGGCGUCAGACGGAGGACAAGGGCGUGCAGUGCGAGGAUGACGAUGAGGAGAAAAAGGACAGCGGCGUGGCAUCUACGGAGGACAGCUCCUCCUCUCAUAUCACUGCAGCAUCCAUUGCUGCCAAGAUCCCGGACUCUAUUAUCUCACGGGGUGUACAAGUGUUACCCAGGGACACGGCCUCUCUCAGCACCACGCCCUCGGAGUCGCCCCGCGCACAGGCCACCUCGCGCCUCUCGACCGCUUCCUGUCCCACACCUAAAGCGCGGCUCCCCUCUUGUUCAUCCACCCUAAGCAUUGCUGAGGCCUCACGGAGAGAAUUCAGGGCUCACCUGGAUGAGGUCAUCACGCUCAAGUCAAGGUACUCUACCUUGGACCAGCUCCAGUGUAGGUUGGAGGGGCUUAAAGAUGAUCGCAGGAGGACCUUCAGCUCUCGAGUGCAGUCACGAUGCAGCAGCAAAGAGAAUAUCCUAAGAUCAAGUCACAGUGCUGUGGACAUUACCAAGGUGGCCCGGAGACACCGCAUGUCCCCUUUCCCCCUCACCUCUAUGGACAAGGCCUUCAUCACUGUGCUAGAGAUGACCGCCGUCCUGAGUACUGAGAUCAUCAACUACAGAGAUGGGAUGGGUCGAGUCCUAGCUCAGGACGUUUAUGCCAAAGACAACCUGCCACCUUUCCCUGCCUCUGUCAAGGACGGCUAUGCUGUGAGAGCCGCCGACGGACCGGGUGACCGCUUCAUUAUUGGCGAGUCCCAAGCAGGCGAGCAGCCCACCCAUACCGUGAUGCCUGGCCAGGUGAUGAGGGUGACAACUGGCGCUCCCAUUCCCUGCGGGGCUGACGCUGUCGUUCAGGUGGAAGACACUGAGCUCCUCCGCGAGUCCGAAGAUGGCACCGAGGAACUGGAAGUACGAAUUCUAGUCCAGGCUCGACCAGGCCAGGACAUCAGGCCGAUCGGUCAUGACAUCAAGCGUGGCGAAUGUGUGCUUGCCAAGGGCACCCAUAUGGGUCCCUCUGAGAUCGGCCUUCUGGCCACUGUGGGAGUCACAGAGGUGGAGGUGCAGAAAUUCCCUGUAGUGGCGGUCAUGUCGACAGGAAAUGAGCUGCUGAACCCAGAGGAUGACCUCCAUCCUGGGAAGAUCAGGGACAGCAAUCGCUCCACCCUGCUGGCCACCAUCCAGGAGCACGGUUAUCCAACCAUCAAUCUGGGCAUUGUGGGAGACAACCCCGAUGACCUUCUCAAUGCUCUGAAUGAAGGCAUCAGCCGUGCUGAUGUCAUUAUCACCUCAGGCGGAGUAUCCAUGGGGGAGAAGGACUACCUAAAGCAGGUGUUGGAUAUCGAUCUUCAUGCUCAGAUCCAUUUUGGUCGGGUCUUCAUGAAACCAGGGCUCCCAACUACCUUUGCCACGCUGGAUAUCGACGGUGCUCGUAAACUUAUUUUUGCCCUCCCAGGAAACCCCGUAUCUGCUGUCGUUACUUGUAAUCUUUUUGUCAUCCCUGCCUUGAGGAAGAUGCAGGGUAUUUUGGACCCAAGGCCCACUAUCAUCAAAGCAAGGUUAUCCUGUGAUGUAAAACUGGAUCCUCGCCCUGAAUACCACCGCUGCAUCCUGACAUGGCAUCACCAGGAGCCUCUGCCGUGGGCACAGAGCACAGGGAACCAGGUGAGCAGCAGACUGAUGAGCAUGCGCAGUGCCAACGGGCUCCUGAUGCUACCUCCCAAAACAGAGCAAUACGUGGAGCUGCACAAAGGCGAGGUGGUGGACGUCAUGGUCAUCGGCCGGCUAUGA